AUGAAGGGUGUCAAAAUUUCAUCAAAUACCAUUAAAACCAUAAUCUUUCUUCUAAUCAUUGUAUCAACUUUUUGCAUAAGCAUUGAAGCUUCCACACACAAAGGAAGAGUAAGAGGAAAAAACUUGAAAUCAAACAGUUGUAAACCAGGAAAAACCCACACAACAUGUUCACCUAAAGUAACUAAGCACACAAAAGCAACACUAACAUUGAAUAAUUUUGAGAAAGGUGGAGAUGGAGGAUCAGCAUCAGAAUGUGAUGGAAAAUUUCAUUCUGAUAAUACACUUGUUGUAGCACUAUCAACUGGUUGGUUAAAGAGUGAUAAGAAGAGGUGUUUGAAAAAGAUUAAUAUAUUUGGAAAUGGUAAAAGGGUUAAAGCUUUGGUUGUUGAUGAAUGUGAUUCUACUCGAGGGUGUUUGAAUAAUAUUGUUGAUGCUUCUUCUGCUGUUUGGAAGGCUUUAGGUGUGCCUCAGAAAGAUAGGGGUGAGAUGGAAAUUUUCUGGUCAGAUGCAUAA